AUGGAAAAAAUUUUAAAAAUAAUUUACCGGAUAAUGAAUGGUUUAUUUCAUUAUUUUUACGUUCACUUCAAAAUGAAAGAAAACUUAAAUGGUGGAAAUUUCCAAAGAAAACUGAGCAGGAGGAGUUUACUAUCGUUUGAGAAUUUAUUUAUUUUAAAAAUUAAAAAAUUCAUUUCUAAAAUAUUUAGAUUGAUUAGAUUUUACAAAGGAAAAUUAUCGUUUUUGUUAAAAUUUUACUUUUCUAAAAUAAAUCGGAAAGUAACUGGUAACCUCAAGAAUAAACAUAAAAAAGAGCACUGA